UUAAAAAAACGAGAGAGAGAGAGAGUGACAGAGAGCGCGCGCGCCUAGAGGAACUCGUGUUCUCUUCCUCUAGACGAAACCCAGGUUUUAACCAUUCUAUCGAAAUCUACACUCUACUUUUCUCAAUCUUCCAUGCAAAUCUAAUCCUUCUUUGUUCCGAUUUCUCUUCACUCUCCAAAAUCUAGGGUUUUCAUAGACCCUACUAACGCAAUGUUCGAUCAAAAGCUUCAAAUUCUCGAACCAGAACUCUAUUUCUCAAAAUAAUAUAUAUAUAUAUAUAUAUUCAUAGAUACAGCGAAUAUGUAUAGAGAUCGAGGAGGAGGCGGAGGCGGAUCUUGGAAGUCGGAGAUCGUUGGUGAGCCGUUGGAUCGGAAGCGUAUGAACGACGCGUUAGAUAAGCAGUUGCAAAAAUCGUCACCGUUGACUUCGAGGGGCUUGAACAGUAACAACAACAGCAAGGACAAAGAGAGAGUGUCUCUGCCGUCCACUUGUACAUCUGCUAAGAACAAAUGCUCUGAUGAGGAAUCUGAGACGGACAGUGAGGAAUCUGAUGUUAGUGGUUCUGAUGGGGAUGACACAUCUUGGAUUUCUUGGUUUUGCAAUUUGCGAGGAAAUGAAUUUUUUUGUGAAGUUGAUGAUGAAUACAUCCAAGAUGAUUUUAAUCUUUGUGGGUUAAGCAGCCUAGUUCCAUAUUAUGAUUAUGCGUUGGAUCUAAUUCUAGAUGUUGAAUCCUCUCAUGGUGACUCGUUUACUGAAGAACAGAAUGAAUUGGUUGAAUCAGCAGCAGAAAUGUUGUACGGUUUGAUACACGUUCGAUACAUAUUGACUAGCAAGGGAAUGGCAACAAUGCUAGACAAAUACAAAAACUUCGACUUUGGGAGAUGCCCGAGGGUUUACUGUUGUGGACAACCCUGCCUUCCAGUAGGUCAAUCAGAUAUUCCGCAUUCGAGUACUGUAAAAAUUUACUGUCCCAAAUGCGAAGAUAUUUACUACCCUCGAUCCAAGUAUCAAGGCAAUAUUGAUGGAGCUUGUUUUGGAACCACAUUUCCUCACCUGUUUUUUAUUACAUACGGGCAUCUCAAACCACAAAAGGCAACACAGAGUUAUGUUCCAAGAGUAUUCGGCUUCAAGGUCCACAACCCAUGACGCCAGACGGCUAGAAAUCCCAGCUGAUGGAGAUCUCAAUUUUGUACCACUGGCGGUUCUCACUUUAUUUCUCUCGAUAUACCAGGGGUUCUAACAAUGAGGUAAGGUGCAGUAGUUCCAAAAUAUAUGAAAAGUGAUUAAUUGAUGAAAAAUCAAAUCUGGCCUAUCUGUCAAGUAAACUUCUCUUUAAAUAUAUCCAUGAAUUUAACCGACCAUGUAUAAUCUGAUUUGUUUUUUAAAGUCAAGAAUGGUUUAUCUUUAUUUUCGUUUUUUUUUUUUUCAUGUUCGAAUACUGGUAAGGUAGGAUAUUGAUUCAAGGCUAUGGUUUUACCCCUGUUUGGAGGCUGUGUUUCUCCAUGUAAUCUGGUGAGGCCAUUUGGUUUCGAAGGUAGAGAUUAAAGUCAUAUAGUUAGAAAAUUUUAAGCCUUUCGUGUUAGGCACAGCUGUAUUCUUCGACUUUUGGUGGUUGCUUCUCAUAAUAUUGUUGUUGUAUGCAUGUCA